UCCUAGGGUUUCUGAGCUGGGGCGGAGGAAAUGGAGGAGACGCGCAAGAGCGCGAGGCUCUCUCGGAUGCUCGAGGUGGCUUCCAAGACUAUCUCUCAGCUCAUGCAGAACGAAAGAGAUCCAGAGGAUGAUCCAGAUUUCCUAGCUCGGAAUCCUCGAUGGGAGGAUCAGCUCCCUCCUAUCCAUGGCGUGAACAAACCAGACGAUGGGCAAAAGCCUUCUACUGUCGCGUUGAUUGCUGCUCUGGAAAUUCUUCCACGCCCGCCAGUCUCUUCCAUGCCCAUGGAAAAUUGGAAAAGAGCUUAUAAAGCAGUCAGGCAUAUGCUGCUGCUGAGAAGGAAGGCAAUGCGUAGCGCUGUAGGAACUGGAGCUCGAAUCGAGGGUCGUGCCCUUGGGUUUUGGAGUCAAUACAGCGCAACGCGUCUAAAGCUCUUCGUGCUUAUCCAUAACCAGACAGCGGAAUAUAUGCUGCUAUUCCUCAUCCUAUCUCACCUUUUAGUGCUGAUUUUCCAAGUAAAAGCUGGGAGCCGGGAACAACGAUGGACCGAUGUAAGGGAUUUUAAGCUGGACUUUCUGGAUGGGGUCAUUACCACGCUUUAUGCGAUCGAAAUGUUACUGAAGAUCCUCUGUCUGGGGUUCUGCAAGGGACCUUACUCUUACCUUCGAAACCCUUAUAACAGGCUUGAUUUUGCCAUUGUUAUUGAUUCCUGGGUACACAUUAUCGUUAGAAGCAUAACUGGAAGAGAUUAUUUUGCACGUUUGGCGGUCUUGCGUGCAUUUCGAGGCCUUCUAGCUUUGAAGCACAUCCAUUUUUUUGCAGAUGUCAUUGCUAUUAUGGUAGCAGUCGAAAGAAGUGUCCGUCCGCUUCAAAAUGUUAUCCUCCUCACAUUUUUCAUGUUGGUCUUCUAUGCGCUGCUCGGGACACAGUUUUUGCAAAAGACAUUGUCUCAAAGGUGCUUGCGAAGUCAGGACAAGCAACUAUCAUAUCCAGAACGUUUUUGUGAUAAGAAAGUAGUCGAUGGAUACAGUUGUCCCUCGACUCAGAAAUGCUUGAAGUAUGGAAAUCCUAACUAUGGACAAACGAGUUUUGAUUACCUCUGGUAUUCUUUGAUCAGUAUGUUUCAGAUUGUAUCGCUGGAAGGAUGGUCUCUGAUAAUGUACCGCGUAAAGGAUGCUGAAGGAGAACGAGCAAAUUCAUACUUCAUGACUUUGGUGAUUAUUGGGACAUAUUUUCUUUGCAAUGUGUUUAUUGCUGGGAUAAGUGGAGUUUUUCUUCGAGUCAGGGCGGAACAUCAGGCACUCUUGAAAAAAUCUCGUAAAAGCACGACCUCCUUUUAUAGCGCAACCGUGAUGGCGAACAUCCUCCGGGACGACAUUAUAACUGAUGAUCGUCAUUUGAAAUGGCAUUUGCGAUUUCUAAACAGAUCCAGGAGAAUUAAAAGAAGUGUCGGCCGAAUUUUUAGCCGCACUCACUCGACUUUUCGAGAUACCUUUCACACUAGCUCCAUGAGAUUCAGCCGAUUGGGCUCAAGAACUUAUCAACGUUCAUUAAGUGGAAGAGGUGGCAGAGCAGCCUUAUCAGUAUCCGAGAAAUGCCGCGCAGUUGUUCAGCAUCCAAGUUUUGAUCGCGGUGUACUACUGGCUGUUACUGUUAACGCGAUUAUCUUAUGUUUGUACAGAUACGGCAUGUCUAAGGAGUUCUUGUACACACUUUAUGGUAUUCAAGCGGUGCUCCUUGUUUUGUUUGCAGCAGAAUUACUAUUGCGUUUUCUUGCUUACGGACCAAUUUCAUUUAUGGCUGACAGGAUGAACCUGUUUGAUCUCUUCGUAAUCGCGGUAUCUUCUGGAGCACUAAUCUCACGGGCGUAUCCAAAUAUCUCCGCAGUUCGAAUCAUGCGGUGGUUCUACUUGUCCAAGAAACAUGUCGACAAACAUUCUUCAGUUGUGGCCACGUGCAUCAAAAGUGUUGGCUCACUGGUGGGUGUGUUCUUCUUUUACCUGCUAGUUAUCGUUAUAUUUUCUAUCGUGAGCAUGGAGUUAUACAGUGGUCAAUACUAUAAGUUCACGGACGGGUACCCUCGCGGACACCACGAUAAUAUGCUCCAGACUAUGCUUCUUUGGUUCUCGGUAACUACUGCUGAAUCCUGGCCAAAUCAAAUGUGGAACUCCAUGAGGCCCGGGGUGGAGUAUAAUGGUGUGGCGCCUUUUCUGUAUAUAUUUUACUUCGUCCUCACAGUCCAUAUCAUUAUGAACCUUAUCAUUGCUGUUAUACUAGAGCAUAACGAGCUUACAGACAACGAGAAAAAGAAAAUACAGCGGACCGAGCACAUGAGAAUGUUCAAGCGCAUGCAAAAUCGGGCCUCUACGGGAAGAGGUAGCUGGGUGAUGAACGCUUUUGAGCGAGUGAAAGCAGGCUUUCAUUCUCGACGGGGCAGACAGAUUGACGGAAACCUGGAACUGGGAUAUGACAACACGAGUUUGCUUCCAGGAGCAGCUUCUGAGCCAGCAGAGAGUGCUAGAGAUGGCUCGGAGGCAGUGUCGACUGCAGCUGUGGGAGAGAACAUUACAGAAACAGAAAGGCCGCAAAGGAUCAGUCGUGGUUCACAGAUUCUCCAGGCUUCUGGAUUUCCAGCAGACAUUGGUGAGAAAAGAGGUUCGCGAACUGCGCUUCAGGAUGCUGUUCUUACGCUUGCUGACAUCACCAGGCCUCCUUUCAAGGUAUCUAGCAAGCUAGCUAGAAAUCUAGACAGACGCCGGAAAAAGGAGUCCUUCCAACUUUCAGACUACGAGGCACUUGAGGAAAGCUUUCCCACUCUCGAGAGGCAAAGAUCUUUUCUUGGAGAAGAGGGUCGUGCGACAGGAUUUUGCAAGAUGGUUUUAAACAGCAGAUGGUGGCGCUGGUUCUCAAUCGCUUGGGUCGCUAUAAGCACUUGGCUUGUUAUUGAGAUGCGAGCCACUGGAGAGCCGGUAUUUGCCGACACGGCUAUCAAAGUUCUCCACAAGCUUGUGUUCGUGGUCUUCCUCCUGGAGUUUUCUCUCAGAGUUUUUGUUCAAGGCUUCGUAUCUUCGCCCAGUGCAGUCUUUAACGACCCCUACAACAUCCUGGAACUUUCUCUUCUGAUCAUCGACGCACUCAAUCUUGCUACUUGGAGCGAGAACUCUCGACGAGCUAUACAUGCAUUGACGGCACUGCGACCAUUUCGGUUCAUCUGUCGCUUUGGCGAACUCAAAAGCUUGAUGUCGAAUCUCGUCAAGACUGUUCCAGCUAUAGUGGCCGUUCUGUUGUUUACGUUCCUCAUCUUCGUGGUUUUUGGCUCUAUCGGUGUCCAGUUAUUCAGGGGCCUUCUUUACUCGUGCAACGAUGCUACUAUUACUCAUCGAGCUUAUUGCACUGGCCAUUACUACAACAACAUCGGAAUAUAUGUUCCACGGGCCUGGACAAAUCCUACUUUCCACUUUGACAGCAUUGGUAAUGCCUUCCUCUCUUUAUUCGUUUGCUCGACUUUCGACAACUGGGUUACAAACUGGCUAUACCCCGUGAUGGAUAUCGUUGGCGAAAACAAGCAGCCGCAACGGGACAACAGUCCGGCUUAUGCCAUUUUCUUCGUGGCGUUUUGCAUAUGUGGAGGAUUUUUCAUAGUCCGGGUGUUUAUUGGAGUUUUUAUCAACGAGUUUGGGAAGAACUCGGGCUCCAAGCUCCUAACGGAGAGACAGAAGCUCUGGCGAGACAUGAAUCGCAUCAUCCAGAAGCUGGAACCGUCAAAGCUACCGAGGCCACCGAAGAAUUACGUCCGGCAGCUAUGUUUUUACGCUAUCCGCAAUCGUCACUACCAAAACAGUAUGAUAAUAUGCCUGCUGGGAUACGCUGCACUCUUGUCAACGAACUACGCUGGCCAGCCGGCUUAUGUUUCUAUGCGCCGCCAGAAAGCUCACGUUGCUCUUACAACGUAUUUUUUAUUGGAGUCCUUGAUCAAAUUUCUUGGUGAUGAGUUCGAAGUUUACAAAUACGAGCACUCCAAACACAUGGAAGCAGCAAUAUCUAUAUUGGCAGCUUCAGGCUUGAUGGGAAAGAAAGGAACGCCUAGAGGCUAUGUUUGUCGAUUUGCUUACAUUGCUCGAGUUUUCUGCAUCAUUCCUCAUGUACCGAGAGCACGGGUGAUCAUGAGAACUAUGGUCAUAUGCCUGCCGACUAUGGGAGAGAUCAUGGUUCUUCUCGGUGUCUUCCUGUUCGCGUUCUCUGGUAUUGGCUUCCAGAUGUUUAGUCAUGUCGCAGAAGGAACCUGUAUUGGUCCCACGCUUAACUUUCGAACGUUCGUCAACUCCUUCAUUACCGUCUUCCAAGUUUCUACGCUUGACAACUGGUCUUGCAUCAUGGUCGACGUGAUGGUGGACUCGCCAAAGUGUACAAAGGGAGACUCUUUAGCGAGGAAUGACUGUGGUCAUCCGUUUGCUGGAGUCAUCUAUUUCGUAUGCCUAGUGGUGAUAUCGAGUUUCAUAUUCAUGAACUUGUUCGUAGCCUUGAUCCUGGAUGCCAUCACUUUCGGGCUGGUUAACGAGAAUUCUAUGGUCUCGCCUGAACACCUGCUUGCAUUUAAAGCGCUAUGGGCUCAGCAGCCCUUCGAUCCAGAAGCUUCGGGAUACAUUGGAAUGCACAAACUUCGAAACUUUGUGAACGCUCUGGGUGUUCCUCUGGGACGACGACACAACUCCACCGUGCAAUGGUACUUGAGGAUUGAGUUUGAGGUUAUGAGCUUUCGAGUUCCAAACAAAGGAAUUCCAUUCAAGCAGCUUCUGGAAACGUUCACGUUGUACAAGAUCGGACCAACAGGUCUACCUCUUACACUACGAAUUGAGAGAGAGAAGCAAAUCCAAAGCGUUUACAUACGUGGUGCCGCCACGAAAAUCGAAGCUCUUGUGAGGGGAUUUUUGGUGAGGAGGAGAUUUGCCAGAGGCAGUGAAGGCCAAAACCAGGAGCAAGAGCAACAGAACUCAAAAGAAGCUCAGGCAGCCACUAAAAUGCAAGCCCUUGCGAGGGGGUUUAUAGCGAGGAGGAAAGCAGCAAAAGCCAGUCGGGGUAGCUUCCAGAAGCACGAGCGAGAAGAAACCGCUGCCAAAAAGAUUCAAGCGUUUGUAAGGGGAAAGCUGGCCAAGGAGAGAGCAGCCACUGGAGGAAUGGAAAAGCUAGAAGAAGUUGAGGCGGCCACUAAAAUUCAGGCAGUCGCAAGGGGGUUUCUGGCAAGAAAGAAAGCAGCGAGGCAAAAACACGAACAAGAACAGGCUCACAAGGCACAAGAACUGGAAGUUAUCGCGGCCAGAAAGAUACAAGUAGCUACGAGGAGAUAUUUACUGAGACUACAAGUUCGACAGGAGCAAAAACAUGCAGACUACGGUGCUUCGGGCAUACGAAUUCAAGCAACACCGUGGCAAAACCACAUCGCAGCAACAAAGAUACAACGAGCUGCGAGAUUUGUAGCAAAACGAACCAUACAGCAAGUCGAGCAGCACGAGGAGCCAUCACGCGUCACCGCAGCCACGAGAAUACAAGCAGCAGCAAGAGGUUUUCUAGCGAGGAGGAAGGCAUUAAGGGUGAAAAUGGAGCACAGCGUUGGAAAACCAACAGCAAGCUCGUGAUUUAUGGCAAAAAAAAUAUAGAAUUGACUCCUUUUUUAAAACAA